GUGGUUGUUGUGUAGAGAAGUUUUCACUGUGAGUGUUUAAGUACUUUUAAUUUUAUUAGUAAUCACUCAGAGUUUAAAAUGAGUAACAAUAAUACCAACCUUGACAGGAAGUCACCAGAUACAGGUUGCAGGAAAAGAAAGAUAAAAUAUUCCUCUUCGCCUCGUAAUCAAGCAGGCAAAAGGAAGGAAGAAUAUGGAAUAAGUCAGAGUAAUAGAGAUUAUAACAGAAGCAGAAAUCAGAGAAGUAAUAGGAAUAAGAAUUUAAAUGAAGACAGAAAUGGAGAAGAAGAAAGGUUUGGGAAAAGAGAAAGCAAUAAGUUUUCAAGAAACUUAUGUGAGAAAAAUGAAAAUCAGGCUGCUUAUUUCAAAAGAAAGGACGGCAGAGAUGAGUAUGAAAAGAAUUCAUACAAUCAAAGUGAGAACGCGAGUGAGUGUGAUCGAUAUUUGAGUAGGAAUGACAGUGAAUUCCACACUCGGCAAAGUGAUGUUGUCUGUGUACAGAAGGAACCUGUUGACUUGUUGACGUCCAGGACAGGUGGUGCAUACUUGCCUCCUGCUAAGUUAAGAAUGAUGCAAGCCCAAAUUACAGAUAAAUCAAGCGCUGCUUAUCAAAGAAUAGCAUGGGAAGCACUGAGGAAAUCUAUACACGGGCACAUCAAUAAAGUGAAUAGUGGAAAUAUUGCCAUUAUUGUGCGAGAGUUGCUGAAAGAAAAUAUUGUGAGAGGACGAGGCCUACUUUGUCGUUCAACAAUCGAGGCUCAAGCAGCUUCACCAGCUUUUACCCACGUAUAUGCAGCUUUGGUAGCAGUUAUUAACUCCAAGUUUCCAAUUAUUGGAGACUUGCUGCUAAGACGACUUGUCAUUCAAUUCAGACGCGGCUUGAAGCGCGAUGAUAAGACCAUUUGCAUUUCUGCUGCAACAUUUGUUGCUCACCUUGUAAAUCAGAGAGUGGCUCAUGAAAUUGUGGCCCUGGAGAUUCUAACUCUUCUUGUAGAAAGUCCAACAGAUGAUUCUGUGGAAAUAGCCAUAGCAUUUCUAAAGGAAUGUGGCAUGAAACUAAUCGAGGUAUCAAAGAAAGGAAUGGACGCUAUGUUUGAGAUAGUUCGACAUAUUUUAAAUGAAGGACAGCUGGAUAAAAGGGUACAAUACAUGACUGAAGUGAUAUUCCAAGUGAGAAAAGAUAAAUUUCGAGGUCAUGAAGCAGUUAUGAAAGAACUGGACCUUGUUGAAGAGCAGGAUCAGUUUACUCAUCUCAUCACAUUAGAUGAUGCUAAAGAUUCAGAAGACAUCCUCAAUGUAUUCAAGUUUGAUGCAGAGUAUGAGGCCAAUGAGGAUAAGUAUAGUUCUCUCAGGAAAGAGAUUCUUGAUGAAGGUAGUAGCAAUUCAGAAAGUGGCUCAGGAUCAGAAGAAGAAAGUGAAAGUGAGGAGAGCAGGGAUGAUGCCAUUAUUGAUAAGACCGAGACCAACCUCAUGGCUCUGCGAAAAACGAUCUAUCUGAUGAUUCGUUCAAGUUUGGAUUUUGAAGUAUGUGCCCACAGGCUGAUGAGGAUGAAGUUAAAGCCUGGAGAGGAGACAAAGCUGUGUUAUAUGUUUCUAGAUUGCUGUGCACAACAAAGGACAUAUGAAAAGUUCUAUGGACUCUUGGCUCAGAGGUUCUGCCAGAUGAAUAAAAUAUUUAUCCCUCCAUUUCAACAAAUCUUCAGAGAUACGUACGACACGAUCCAUCGCUUGGACAUAAUCAAGUUACGAAAUGUGGCUAAAUUUUUUGCACAUCUCCUCUUCACUGAUGCCAUUUCAUGGGAGGUGUUGUCCUUCAUCCACCUGAAUGAGAAAGAAACUACUAGUUCCAGUCGAAUCUUCAUUAAAAUUCUAUUCCUUGAAUUAUCAGAGUGCAUGGGACUUAAUAAGCUGAAUGGAAGAAUGAAGGAUCCUGCUCCUGUUAUGGAUACAAACAACGAUGGAUUGGAAUAUACUGGCUAAAUGACAUGCUGGAUAUGUAAUAUGUGGGAAUACCAGUGUUUUUGGUGCAUCUGAGAAACAUUUGUUUGAAAGCUGCAUGAUGGAGCAAGCACGCAACUGCAUUUGUCUGUUCCUGAGUGGGUGGAUCGGCGGGAGCUGAUG